UAACAAAGAUAGUUGUUAGACAUAGAGAUGUGUGAUUUGUAUGUGUGAGAGUCGUAAUUGCAAAGAAACUAUGGGGAUCGGAGAAUAUAUAAACCAAUAAUACACCCAUGUGAUAUGUGUGAGGAGCUCGUUUAUAUUAAGAGGGAGGUUUUGGUGAGAAUAUAAUAGAAUUAUUGUUAGGGCAUGGAGAGAGAUCAGAAGAAGCGGAGCAGGGCGGUGGAUGGCGGUAGCGGAGGAGGUGGACAUCGGAAGAAAGAAAAGGAAGCCAAGGGGAAGAUUGUAGAGAUCGAUUCGGUGGUGGUGCCUCCUCCGACGGAAGAUGAGGUGGAUGAAUUUUUUGCUAUUCUGCGACGGAUGCGAGAGGCGGUGAAGUACUUCGAGAAAGGUAACGGUGGGAAUAAAUUAUCGGAUCCAUCACGAGAACCUGAUGAUGGUUUAGCUUCUGUGAACAAAGGAACCAACGUGGCACUCUUGGAUCUGAAUACUGUUCCUGACGAGAGAGAAUAGCAUCUUCUACGGUGGCGCGUGGGGUUUGUCUUUGUUAACUGCGCUCGUGGCGCGUCUUAGUUUAAGCCUUGCUGCCUGGCAUCGUUGGCUAUCUUGCGCUCAUGUAACUCACCUGGUCGGGUCAUCCGGCUGGGUUUUGACCCAGAAUGUUAAAAAAUAUGAAAUAUUUUGUUUUCUUUGUUAAUUUUUCUACACAUGGCUGAUGUAUGUGUAAUUUGAUUAAAAAAAAGGUACCCAUCAACGGGCCCGGAAGGUAAAUUAUUUUGCUUUGGAAGAUGAUAAUUGAACGAUGAUUAUAGCUGA